UUUGUCUUUAGCAGGUUAUAUUUGUUGAUAUCGAUGAUAGUGAUUAGUUUGUGUCGGGUCAGCGCAGGCAGUCCGCUGGAUACCUAUUCAGCGAGGAGGGGCGGUGACCGAGAGCACAUGCCUUCGCUUUGAGCUUCGCCAUUGGUCGUUCAGGGGGCCUUAGUGCAUAUCCUGCGUUCUGAUUGGCGGGCGCGGCUGUCCGUCAGUCUCGGUCCGAGCUGCUGUAUAUAAGCGCGCGGGUCUGCUGUGCCAUAGCGCGAGAUGGAGCUGCGCGAGUUCGCAUGCUUGUGAAUGAUCGAAAGAGCGAAGUCUGUUUUUAAUCGUCACUGUUUUAGAGAGUACAUUUCAUAUUUACAGUAGCGCAGUACAGGUUUGUACGCGGCUCGGUGAGCGCUUCAUAUAGUGCGCCGUUUGAGGGAUUUGUGUGUGAUUUCGCGCGCUUAUUUACUCACAGCGCGAGAAAGGCGGAUAAACGAUCGCGCUUAAUAGUGUGUGUGUGUGUGUGUGUGUGUGUGCGCGUGUGAGAGAGAGAGGGGGGUAACGUACGUGUGUGUUUGUGUCGAAUAGGGGCGGGAGGGAGAGUUUGGUUCUCGCAUUAUUCAUGAGCAGUGCGGUGGAUCCUCCCAGGGGGCGUGGUUAUUAAAAUUAGCUAGGCGUGGCGUUCUGAGUUGAGUGACAGAUGUAACACGUGGGUCACAAGCACAUUAAUGCACCAAAACCUACACUGACUGUAGUCAAUCGUGUUAUUAGAGGCUGAUGGAUGUGUGCCGUGAUGUCUGUUCAGAGUGAGCUUCCUGUCGCUGGCGGGGCGAGUUUACACACCCGUCCUCCGCCCGUCACCAUCCAGGACGAGGUGAGCGCUAACAUGGUGCUAACCGAACUCGCCGCCAAUCACGUGACCCCUCAGGAUGAGCCGAUCAAAAACGGCCUGCAGUCACGAGUCGAGACACAGACGCAGAAACUGAGCAAGCGGCGCUACACUGUGAGCGUAGGCUUCAAACACCCGAGUCUCGCUAAACGCAGACGCCGCGCAAACUCCGAAAGCGACCCGGUUCUGCCCUCCAACUUCCUGCUGGGCGGGAACAUCUUCGACCCGCUGAAUCUCAACAGCCUGCUGGACGAGGAGGUCAGCAAGGCGCUCAACGCCCAGACGCCCAAAUCCUCGCCCCUUCCCAGGAAGAACAGAGACCCGGUGCAGAUCCUGAUUCCCAAAGACAUCACCGACCCUCUGAAUCUGAGCGGACGCGGCGGAGACGCAGCUGCGGGCGUGUUGGUGUCGCCCUUGAAGAGCCGGCGCAGACAUCGCAACCGACACCAUCCAGGAGCGACCGCUGAGCCUUCGGAGGGGGAGAGGUCAAAGGUCAGUGACGGGUCGGGUGUGCCCGUUAGUUCAGACAAGCCUGUAAAGGAGUCACCGCUUUCUUACGAACUCAACACGUCAAUCAACUGCCGUGACGAAGUGGUGACACCCAUUCUCCCGCGGCGACGGUCACACCCCUCCUCGUCUAGCUCCGCCCCCCAGGCGCAGCCAUCCAAAAACAGGAAGUGCAGACGAACCAACAGCCGUUCGGACCGUCUGUCCAUCACGCCGACUAAGCAGACGGUCACGCACAGCCAGGCGUUCCACACUCCUGUUGUGGGUGGAGUCAGCGGAGCUCCGCCUUCAGGGGUGGAGAAAAUCCUGCACAAGACACCCCGCACGUUCCAAUAUGGAAGCUACAGCCGUUACUACGGUUACCGCACGCCGUCGCCGAGCGCAGAUCCGCGCUUGGCCGUGUUUAGACCCGAGUGGUUCCGCGGGAAGAAGGUCCUGGAUGUGGGCUGCAGCACGGGUCAUGUGACCCUCACCGUUGCCGGGCACUGGAGUCCUGAGCGUGUGCUGGGCAUCGACAUCGACGGAGCGCUGGUGCGCACCGCCCGGCAGAACCUGCGCUACUUCCUGUCCGAGAUGACCGGGUUGAGCGGCGGACCGCCGGGGGAGGGGUCAGAGAGCAGAGGUCAGAUGGGGUUGGCGCCUCUGAUGGAGCUGGAGCUGGAGCGCGGUCAGGCAUUACGCAGGUUUCCUGUGUCCUUCACACGCUGCCGCGGACCCAUCGCCGCUCCUCCCAUAAUGCCUCACACCCCCAGCCUGUUCCCCUGCAACAUCUACUUCCUGAAGGCUGACUAUGUGCCGGACAGUGACGAGGCGGUGAUGUCCCAGUGUGCCGAGUACGACGUCAUUCUGUGUCUGAGAUUGACUAAGUGGGUUCAUCUGAACCACGGUGACGCUGGAAUCCAGAGACUGUUUCAGCGCAUCUACAGACACCUGUUACCUGGAGGAGUGCUGAUCCUCGAACCCCAGCCCUGGAGCUCCUACAGCCGCCGCAAGAGACUCACGGAGGUCAUGUACAGGAACUACAGGAGCAUCAGACUGAAGCCGGAACAGUUUAGCUCUUUCCUGACGGCUGAGGUGGGCUUCAGCAGCUACGAGCUGAUCGGGACGCCUCACAGCGGCGCUAACGGACUUCAGAGGUCGAUUUACCUGUUCCAUAAAGGCCCCGCCUCCAACAGGAAGUGAGUCUCAGGAAGCGUUGGAAUCAUCAUGUGAUCUUCUGAUUUAACACAAACACGUGGUUUUGUAGCGUUGUGCUUCUAAGGUUUGUUUCUUCAUGUGCCCUGCGGAAGGAGGGCUGGACUACUUCCUGUUUGCUCCGUUUUUAAAGUUGUGCACGUCAGAGUUUGCUGCAGCGGUGACCUCUGACCUCAGACGGGUCGUGACUGGUGUGUUCUGUAUGACACAGACUGAUGCUGACCGAGCUUCAUAUCUGAUGUGUCUGAUCUGCGUGUGAAUAAAUCUGAUGUGUUUCUCA